GUCGGUUGCAGAAGCGGAAGGGAAGAAAAAGGAUCUGUCCUCUUCACUUCUCUAAAGUCUGUGAGAGGAUUUUUCACGGAGAGUUAAAGGAGAACAUGCUCCUGCGUACAGCCUCGACCCCGAGCCUGAGAUCGUCGCCGGAACCGGAUCCGGCUUUCCGGUUCCCGGGGACCCGACCUGUCUCUUUGACGCUCUCUCCGGCCCCUCCCGCCAAGAAAAUCCUGAGGACAUCAUCCGCAGAAGCAGAUUCAUUCAAGGGGCUGCCUUUGAAGCCGAGGAAGGGCCCUUCCACGGCUGAGGCAGAUGCGCAUUUUGUGGUUCUGGCUGAGGAGGCGGAACCGGGUGCCAAUGCCGAGAAGGCCCCGUUUCUGUUGAGCUGCUCAGUUGGGGCGGUGGAGGAGAGGCUGGCGUUGCUGGUGGGAGGCGGGGAGGGGAACGGCGGUGGAGGUGGUGGUGCGUGCGGAGGAGGUGGCGGAGGAGGUGGUUGGGAAUGGGGAGGGCAGGGGAGUGAGAGUUUGGAUGAGCAUUAUCAGUCUCUCAUCAAAUCAUAUCCUGGGGAUGCCCUGCUUCUCGGCAACUAUGCUCGGUUCUUGAAAGAUGUGAGAGGAGAUGCAGAGAAAGCGGAAGACUACUGCGCUAGGGCGAUUCUUGCAAAGCAAAGCAACGAACCUGCAGACGGGAAUGUUCUUUCUCUUUACGGGGACUUAAUUUGGAAAAAACAUAAGGAUGCUCCUCGAGCUCGUGGCUUCUUUGACCAAGCCCUGCAAUCUUCCCCGGAUGACUGCUAUGUUCUUGCUUCGUAUGCCCGAUUCCUGUGGGACUCCGGAGAAGAUGAUGAUGAUGAAGAAGAGGAUGAUGAAAAGAAGCUGCAUAUUGAUAAACAAGGAACUAACAAGAACGACGCACGCAAAUUUCCUUCUGCAACUGACAAUCAAAAUGCAGCAGCUGCUUAUUGAACUUUUAGCUUCAAUUUCUCUAAUUCUCGGUCCCGUUUGUACAGAGAUCCCUAUGUAAUCUACGCGCCUAUUCCGUA